AUGUCCUCACCUCGACUCCCCCAAAUAUCAGACUUCCCCCCUUCCCUAACCCUCACAAUCACACCCCCCUCAACCGGUUCCCCAAUAAACAUCCUCAUCCUCCUCCACGGCCUCGGCGACACCCACCUCCCCUUCACAAAACUCGCCGCCCAACUAAACCUCCCGGAAACAGUCUGCAUCUCCAUCCAGGGCCUAAACCCCAUCCCCGCGCUCUUCACCGGCAGCGACGACCCGGCUUUCCACUGGGGCGACGACGUGUUGGUCGAUGAGCGCAAAGGCGAGAUCGAUUUCGACGCUGGUUUUACGAGCACCGUGAAAGCUAUCAGAGGCGUGGUGAUCGAGGAUGUCUUGAUGAAGAAAUGCAACUAUCCCGCGCGCAACAUCCAUUUCUUCGGCUUCGGGCAAGGCGGGAUGGCUGCGUUGGCUAUCGCAGCAUGUGAGCUUGAGUUCGGCGGCGUGGUUAGUAUCGGGGGCCGCGCUUCGUCGUCGACGUUGGGGGGGCGGUGGAGGGGUUGA